GCGCCAGGAACGAAGCGACAGAUAGUUUGGCGCGUGGCUGACGGUGACCCCAACAGUGACACUGAGAAGAUCCGUCGCAAGGCCACAAAGGCUGGACCCUACCGUGACAACCAUCAGUCCCCCAUAAUGCGGGCGGAGAAUUUGAGGAUCAAAAGUGGCUGGUUGAAUCUCAUGUUGGGUGUGAAGGGCGGGUCCUGGAAACCGAUCCCCAUCACUGGGCCAUUCACGCCGCGUACGCUCAACAUCACCACUUACCAGCUUGGACGGUUUGUCUUUCUCUACAAUAAUGACCCCUUUCGGACACCUGCGAGCAAACUGGCCCAUCUGAUGGGUCGAAUGGAGGCCCUGUGCGUUGCCCCGCCCGGAGUCCUUCUCAUUUGCCUUCAGGUUACGUCAGUAAAGUGGAACCUGUGGAUCAGUGUUGUCCCCUCUUCAAAGCUCAUCGAGGCUCUAGAAGAGCGCCUAAAGGAAGGCUACGUACCACUAAUUCAACACAAUGCCAGCAUAAUGAGAAAGGCCUAUGCAAUAGCGAAUUGCGCAGUACAGUCCAUGCCCGCCCUCGUUCCUGCACUGGGCGAGGACGAAGAUCCCAUCACUAUACCAGUGUUCGGUAAUACAAAGUAUCGAAUCACUGGCUACGACCUGCUGCACGUUCUGCUGUACAACGGCCUCUGCGUCAGAGUCCGAAUACUUGGUCGGACGCAAUUCAAGGUCGCUGGUACAUUUGAUGUCUUCGGCAACAUUCUCGAGAGCCGAAGGCGUGAGACGAAGAUGUCCUAUUCCGACCGUUCCUUUACUCCAACCGUUUCUGACGUCAAUCCUUCUGACUUUGAUCUUGACAUUGGCAACAAAAACAAGCAGCCCAAGGAGCCAGUGUAUGUACCCCCUCCAAUCACAAAACCAGAGGCCUAUAUUACACGUUCGGAAACUCGCCUUUUUUACAAUGAACUCCUCUCCGAGUCAGGUACUAUCAUUGAACUUGAACCAGCUAAAGACUGGACAUCAGAGUCACACAAAACACAGAUCAUUAGGGACAAGUUGGUUCGUCUCCUGAUGGACAGAAGACUGGUAGAGUUGGAUAAGGAGCCACCCCCUGAAGAGGCCGCUCCCGCAGCGGAGCAAGCAGCGGCCAACAAUAACGUCAUGAUGCACAACAAUAUACCUACCGCAGAGAACGCCCAAAUUCCUGACCUGCUCGCCAAAGAAACCCUAAGGGACGAUCUCUCCGAGAGAGAUGACACUGGUACUCUCUUUGCAGAACUCUUGAGAAGAGGAAAUAACGUCUCACCAGCUCUGCCGCUAACGGAUACUGACUCGGAAGAGGAGAGCUCCCGGGAAGAGGACCAGCAGCAACAGGUCAACCGCAGUAAUGUCUCUGUUCGCAGUUCGGAACGCAUGUCUGAGAUGACGGAGAGUGCUGCGAAUCUCACUGUGGAACUCUUUCCAGGCUAUGAUGGGGACGAAGGCGUCACACGGCAGCACUUUACAGAUCUGAAGGAGGCCUUCUCAACCAAGAACUCGCCAACCCUGAACUUUGAAAUUGUCAAAGACCUGGCACGUCGAUUUUGCAACAUUUGUGACAAGGGAAAAACUGAGAGUAGGUGGUUGAGCUUGUUAGGCUUCCUAGUCAAUUAG